GUCCCCGCCAUGCCAGUUAGGCGCGCGCCUACAACUCAGCGCCAGCCGGGACUCCGGAAGCCGCUCCCAAGCCCUCGUGGCCGGCAGGGGGCACCUGCAGCUCGGGCGCAUGCGUCGCUGGCUUGCGGGUUCUCCUGGGCUCCCGCGGGACGUCCCGGAAUCCCAGGAGUGCAUCCCUUCCCGCCUGAGGGCCUGCCUGACCCUUACUCCCGACCCGCUCCUCCUCCAAAGAGAGAUUGGGGCCGCUGAGAUGGGGGCCCUCCGCAGCCACCGGGGAUGGGACUGCGGGGUCGGUUCCGUCCCGGUGCAGCCGCCGCCGGGCAGACAGCCUGGCUUGGCCGCAGCCAGGGUGACAUGUAGCCCCGGUUCUGCCAGGCUGGGAGCGCCAGCCAUCUUGGGAGUUGCCAGGAAGCUGUCGCCAGCAGGACAGCGGGCUGGGAAGCCAGGGGCCGCAGGGACCUGGGGCUGGAAACCACAUCUGCCCACAGCCACAGCCUCCUGCACCUGUCAUCCUGGCGGCGCCCUGACGUCGGAGAAGCAGCAGGCGUGGAGCUCCUGCAGCAGGCACCGCUGCAGCAACCCGACCGGCGUAGGCGGCAGUGGAAGGCAGCCAGCUAGCACGGCUCCCGCGGCCCCAGGAGCAGGGGUGCGGCCAGCACCGCCCUCACUCCCCGCGUCUCGUGGAUAUUGCCCUCCCUGGAGGCGGCUGGACCUAAGCGAGGCUCCCAGCGAUCGGCCCCGCGAAGACUCGCAUGCAGGGCUCAGGAUCCCGCAUUCUGGCGCCGCGGCACCGCACCUUUCAGCAGCCCUGCUCCUCUUCUCGCUGGUAAACUUUUGUCACUCUGCCAUGAAAAGCAUCCAGGCGUCCUUGAUUUCGACAUUGCGUGCACGCUCAGCCGAGCUCAUCAGACGGGCGGUUGUCCCCAGAGCCCGCGGGUAGCUUGUUCCCGGGCGGCGGCUCCUCCUGGAUGCAGCUCCUUGUGGGCCUACCAGGCUUGGGGGAGCCAAGGCCUGCCGCGGCCAGCAGACCUGUGGAGAGGAAGAGUAAGGCGGGCUCUGCAGGGCAGUGGGCCGGGACCAUGAGAGAGGCGGGUCAGUCUGGGCUCCAAGCUCAGCCUCUCGGAUUCCCCGGAACCCACGGCUUAUAAUGCGCUUAAAUCCCACGCCUCGCCCGAGAGACAGCACGUCACCGUCACCGCGUAGCGCCCCUGACCCGCUCCCACUCCGCUGCAGCGGAGGGUGUGUGAGGGAGAGAGGGACGCAGGGAGGGAAAAGCGUUGGGAGGGUGAACAUCUUUUCAUAAGCUUUUCCCCUUCUAUAUGCCAUCUCUGAUGGGAGCCUCUUUAGAUCUUUCGUCCACUUACUAAUUGGGUUGUUUGAUUUCUUAUUGUUGAGUUAUAAGUGGUUUUUAAUGGUCUGGAUGCCAGACAGGUGUUUUGCAAAUAUUUUCUCCAUCUGUGGCUUGUUUCUCCAUCCUCUUAUUUCCUUUCCCAGAGCAAAAGUUUUUAAUUGUAACGACUUCAUACCAAUAUCUUCUUUCAUGGUAGAAAUUUGUCUUUUAUGUACUUUAGUGUUGUUGUAUCUACAAAGUAAUUGCCAAACCUAAAGUUACCUAAAUAUCCCUUUUGUUAUUUUACAGAAGUUUUACAGCUUUUGGAUUUAAAUUUAGGUCUAAAAAUUGAAUUCAUAAAAGUAGAGAGUAUAAUGAUGCUUACCAGAGGCUGUGUUGCUGGGGAGAAAAAUGGGAAGUUGUUCACAGAUGCAAAGAUUCAGUUAAACCGGAGAAAUGCGUUUUGAAAUCUAUUGCACAGCAGGAUGACUAUAGUCAAUAAUAAUGUACUGUAUAUUUAAAUAACAAAAAGUAAAUUUCAAAUAUCUAACCACAAAAAAUAAAAUUGAGGUGAUGGGUAUUUUUUAUUUUAUUUAUUUAUUUGUUUAUUUAUUUUUUUGAGACAGAGUCUCGCUCUUUCGCCCAGGCGGGACUGCAGUGGCAGGGUCUCGGCUCACUGCAAGCUCCGCCUCCUGGGUUCACGCCAUGAGGUGAUGGAUAUUUUAUCCUCGAUGUAGUCAUUCCUCAUUUUAUACACAUAUCCAAGCAUCACAUUGUACCCCAUAAAUGUAUGCAAUUGUGGUUUGACAAUUUAAAAUAUUAUUAACUUAAAAAUGUGUCGUUCGAGUUAAUUUUUGAGGAGCAAGGUCUGUGUCUCAAUUCUUUUUUUUUUUGCAUAUAUGUAUAUAUACAUACACGCAAUGGGUUCAUCACUGUUUUUGAAAAAGCUACCCUUUCUCCCUUGAAUUGCCUUUACCUUUUUGUAAAAGAUCAAUUGACUGUGUUUGUGCACUCUUAUUUCUGAGUUCUCUAUUCUGUUCCGUUGAUCACUUUGCAAGUCCUUGAACUUUGUUCCUCCCCCACAAUAUUGUUGGCUAUUCUUGUUAGUUAGUCUUUCUAUAUAAACUUUAGAAUUAGUUUGUCAAUUUCCACACAAUAAUUUAUUCAUGUUUUCACGAGAGUUGUAAUGAAUUUGUAAAUCACAUUGAAGAGAACUGACAUCUUAACAACACUGGGUCUUAUUUUGUGAAUACAGAUGUCUCUUCAUUUAUUUAGAUCUUUAAUCCCUUUCAACAGAUUUUAUAGUUUUUCUCACAUAGACCCUGCCCAUAUUUUGCUAGAUUGUGUCUAUUUCAUUUUCUUGAUGCUAAUGAAAAUGGUAUUGGGCUUUUAAUUUCAAAUUCUCAUUGUUCAUUGCUGGAUGUAGGACAGCAAUUGAUUUUGUAUAUUAACCUUAUACCAUGCAACCUUGCUAUAAUCCAGAAGGGUUUUUGGCUGAUGCUUUGAGAUUCUCUACAUAGAAAAUCAAGUUAUCAGCAAGCAAAGGGCAUUUUAAUGCUCCCUUUCCAAUCUGUAUACUUUUUAUUUUAUUUUCUUAUUGCAUUAACUAGGAUUUUAGUAUGAUGUUGAAUAGGAGCAGUGAGAGGGGAUAACAUUUCCUUGCUUCUUUUGUGUAAAACAUCCCAUUUUUCACAUUAUGUAUGAUAUUGUCUGUAGGGUGUUCUUUUCGUAUAUGUUCUUUAUCAGUUGAGGAAUUUCCCUUCUAUUUCUAAUUUGCUGAGAGUUUUAACCAUGAAUGGGCUUUGGAUUCCAUAAAAUGCUUUCUUGAUCUAUUAAUAUAAUCAAAUAACUUUUCUUCUUUAGCUAGUUAUCUGAGGGAUUGCCUUAACUAUUUUGUGUUAAGCCAGGCUUGCAUACCUGGAAUAAAUCUCACUUGGUCUUGGUGUGUAAUUCAACAAUGUAUUGCUAGA